GUUGCAGUAGCGGAACAGUCCGAACGGCACUCUUCCAUACCUAAUUAAUAUCCGUUGUAUAUAUAGCCCAAAAAAAACAGAAACGCUCUGCUCUCAGUUCAUCAUCGUCUUCAAGAACAUGCCGUUCACACUCUCACUCUCUCCUUUCUCUCUCCACACAAACCACCGCCACCUAACCCGUAUCAAGAAACCCGCCACCACCGCUACUUUCUCCAUUAAAUCCUCCAUUGAGAAACCCUCCACACCAAACCCCAACAGACCCACAACCACCACCAACAACAACAACAAACCCACCUCGUGGGUAAGCCCAGAUUGGCUCACAACCCUAACCCAGUCCCUAUCCAUAUCCAAGAAAGACGACUCCAACAUACCCAUUGCCAGUGCCAAGCUAGACGACGUUUCUGACCUCUUGGGCGGUGCCCUUUUCCUCCCCCUGUUCAAAUGGAUGAAGGAAUACGGGCCCAUUUACCGGCUCGCCGCCGGGCCGAGGAAUUUCGUGGUAGUCAGUGACCCUGCUAUUGCCAAGCAUGUGUUGAGGAACUAUGGGAAGUACUCUAAAGGGCUUGUUUCUGAGGUCUCUGAGUUUCUGUUUGGGUCAGGGUUUGCCAUUGCUGAAGGCCAGCUUUGGACGGUGAGGCGCAGGGCAGUUGUUCCGUCCCUUCACAAGACCUACUUGUCGGUAAUAGUUGAUCGGGUAUUUUGCAAAUGUGCUGAGAGAUUGGUGGAGAAGCUCAAAGCUAAUGCACUUAAUGGCUCUUAUGUGAACAUGGAAGAAAACUUUUCUCAAUUAACUCUUGAUGUUAUUGGUUUAGCGGUGUUCAACUACAAUUUCGACUCCCUUAAUUGUGAUAGUCCAGUUAUUGAAGCUGUUUACACAGCACUAAAGGAAGCAGAAGCUCGUUCUACUGAUUUGCUACCAUAUUGGAAGAUCGACGCUUUGUGUAAAAUAAUCCCAAGACAAAUAAAAGCUGAAAAAGCAGUUAAAUUGAUCAGAAAGACAGUUGAGGAACUCAUUGCCAAGUGCAAAGAGAUUGUGGAAGCUGAGGGCGAAAGGAUCAAUGAUGAGGAGUAUAUAAACGAUGCUGAUCCAAGCAUACUCCGGUUCUUGCUUGCGAGCAGAGAGGAGGUUUCAAGUGUACAAUUACGAGAUGACCUUUUGUCAAUGUUAGUUGCUGGGCAUGAGACAACUGGUUCAGUGUUGACUUGGACAACGUAUCUUUUAAGCAAGGACCCCUUGGCCUUAUCAAAAGUGCAAGAAGAAGUUGACCGAGUUUUAAAGGGCAGGCCUCCAACCUAUGAAGACAUUAAGAAUCUCAAGUUCUUGACUUGUUGCAUAAAUGAGUCACUUCGUCUCUACCCACAUCCUCCAGUUUUAUUACGGAGAGCUCAAAUUCCUGAUGUGCUUCCCGGAAAUUACAAGGUUAAUGCUGGUCAGGACAUAAUGAUUUCAGUUUAUAACAUCCAUCAUUCGCCUCAGGUCUGGGAGAAAGCUGAAGUGUUUGAACCAGAAAGAUUUGACCUGGACGGUCCUUUGCCUAAUGAGUCUAAUACUGAUUUCAGAUUCAUCCCAUUUAGUGGAGGACCACGUAAAUGCGUUGGGGAUCAGUUUGCUAUGCUAGAAGCCAUUGUGGCUCUUGCAAUCUUUCUGCAACACAUGGAUUUUGAGUUGGUUCCAGACCAGAACAUUGGCAUGACUACUGGAGCCACUAUUCACACAGCAAAUGGUUUGUUCAUGAAAUUGAGCCAAAGGAAAACUAAAUCUGCAUUGGCAUUAUCAUCGUCUCGGUGAGCUUGUGUAUUUUUAUAUGCAGUAGAAACCAACAAUUAGAAAUUGUAUCUAACUGUUACUCGGCAAGGUUGUGAUUUUUUAAAUUACCACUUGAAAGAUGGUUGGCUGAUGGAAAAAUUCGUUAUGAGAACAAUUCUUUACAGAUGUCAAAGAAAUAAUGCUCCUAUGACUA